AUGGCGGACCUCGCCGCAGAAAACGCCCACCCUGGCUCAACCACGAAUUCGGCGACAGCCUCGAACGCGGCUUCGAGAGCCUCAACGCCCGGCGCGACGGGAGAGAAGCCGCCGGACGACAGUUCCAAGUUCAAGACCUUCCUGGGCAUAUUGCGAAAGUUCAUAGGUGUCUCCGAUCUCGCUGCCGUGCGCUUCUCCCUCCCUGCACAGCUCCUUGAGCCUCGGCCAAACUUGGAGUACUGGCACUACCUGGACAGGCCGGACACAUUCAUCAGCAUCGGCGACUCCAAUGAUGACCUUGGCCGUCUGCUGGGUUGUUUGCGCUUCUGGUUCACAAAAGACCUGAAAUACGUCAAGGGCAAGCCAUGCAAGCCCUACAACUCGACACUGGGCGAGUUCUUCCGGUGUAACUGGAAGGUCGAAGACACCCACCCCACCAUGAAGACAGCGACCUCGGCGCCCUCGAGCAGCGCCAACAGCGUGGCCGGCGACGCCAAGACUGUGACGGUCUCGUACCUCACCGAGCAGACCUCCCACCACCCCCCCGUUUCUGCCUUCUACAUCGACUGCCCCGAGAAGGGCAUCAGCGCGAGAGGAUACGACCAGUUGAGCGCAAAGUUCACCGGCACAAGUGUGCGCGUUGUGGCCGGAGCGCACAACCUAGGCAUAUUCAUCACGCUGAAGAACAGGGACAACGAGGAGUACCAGCUCACACAUCCAGCAGCCUACCUGGGUGGUAUUCUGCGAGGCUCCCUUAGCAUUUCCGUCGCCGACUCCUGUUACAUCACAUGUCCCAAGACUGGGCUCAAGGUCAUCCUCGAGUACCAAGAAGAAGGCUGGCUCGGCCGAAGCCAGAACCUUGUCAAGGGAGUCGUGUUCAAGUACGACCCUAACAACGAUACCACAACCAAGAUCAAGGAAGUCCCCGAUAAGGAGGUCCUUGCACGGAUAGAGGGCUCUUGGCAAGACAAGGUCUAUUACACACUCGGCAACAAGCCCUUCAACAAGGCCUCCGAGAAGCAUCUCAUCAUCGACCUAAACCCGCUCUUCCCGGUUCCUAAGACGGUGCCUCCUAUUGAAGAGCAGCUCCCUAACGAGUCCCUCAAGUUCUGGGAAGGCGUCACCAACGCUAUUGUUGGGCGACAGUACAACCAAGCCACAACACUGAAGACCGAGAUCGAAGAAAGGCAGCGGCAAAAGGCGGCGGAGCGCAAGGAGGCAAACAAGGAGUGGCAACCGCGCUUCUUUACUGGCGCAGUAACACCUGUCGGCCGACCGGAUCUUACCAAGGACGGCGAGAUUGCGCUGAAGGGCUUGCACGAGGAGAAGUACCAUUUAGAGCCAAACAAAGAGUACGGCGCAUAG